AUGGGUACACGACAUGCUGUGGACGAUGCAAUAACGGCCAAGAGUGGAAGUCUAAUAUUGGACGGGCGGGGCGUUGGAGGUGACCCUCACGACAGCUUUUUAGUAGCAACUCUCCUCCUACAUCAACACCAAAUUUUUGAAGUUUGGUGGAGACUAGGGCACACACACAGGAAGGAAUUUGGAGAGUUCGCCUUCCUGCGCAUUCCACCUUGCGAUACCACGAUAUCUACCGCGUUAAGCUCUAUAGGUGGCCUAGGUGCAGACCUCCUAGUUUCUAGGUAA